AUGGGCAUCUUCAGGAAAAAGGACACCAAGUCAUCCUCACACGACCCUUCAGGAACCAAAUCUUCCUCCAGGACUGCCGUCACCGUCGAACGCAUCAACACCUAUUCACAAAAGUCCCCCAAACUCAUCUCGGACAAAUCUGCUUCACCAGCCAUGUCCGCCUCGAUUGCUGACGUUUCAAUCCCCGAUCCACCGGAUCCAGCCACAAAGCCUGCCGCUUAUCUACGAAGCAUCCAUGCUGUCAGACAACGAACGAGAGUCGUUCUCGAAGAGGCCAAAGUCAAUGCCCUUAACCAUUUUGAUGUCGACUUAACCAAGUUCCAGGAUACUGCUGACUAUGUGGUAUCCAUUAUCAAGCGUGACUUUGCGGGAGAAUAUUCAACCAUCCCGCCCCAUGGCCGUUGGCAGCAUUUUGAAGUGGGAGGACGGCCUCGGGUAACCCAAUUACUUCAAUCCUGGCCAAGCACCGUCGACAACCAGGAAAGAACACGGCGCUUAAUCGAUCUCUUCCUGGUUUCAGUCUUGCUUGAUGCCGGCGCCGGUACCAAAUGGUCCUACAAGUCCAAAGAAUCCGGCAAGGUCUACACGCGGAGCGAGGGAUUGGCCGUCGCAAGUCUGGAGAUGUUCAAAACUGGAGCUUUUAGCAGCGAUGCCAGCCGGCCCCACCAAGUAGACGCUGCCGGACUUCACAAGCUGACGGUAGACACGUUAGCCAGAGGCAUGCAAGUCUCGGAAUCUAAUCCCAUGUCUGGAUUGGAUGGUAGAGCAGGACUCCUCAUUCGACUGGGCACAGCCCUCCAAAAUCCAGAGAUUUUUGGUCGCGAUGGAAGGCCGGAUUACCUGAUUUCGCAUCCCACAACCCAGGCUUCGUCCGUACCUGUCAUUCUCCUACCAACCCUGUGGAGCGUGUUGAUGGAUGGACUGUCAAGUAUUUGGCCAGCCACCAGAACCAACAUUCAGGGAGUACCUCUUGGUGACGCAUGGCAGUGCCAAGCAAUGCCAAAAUCACCACCAGCAAGUCCAUGGGAGACCAUUGUUCCCUUUCAUAAACUCACUCAGUGGCUCUGUUAUUCCCUGAUGGUCCCAAUGACAAAGUUACUGAAUGUCCACUUUGCUGGAGCGGAGUUGAUGACAGGCCUUCCAGAAUAUCGCAAUGGUGGACUCUUGGUCGAUACUGGACUUCUCACAUUGAAGGAGGCUGAUAGACAAAGAGGAUUGAAGACUUACCAUGCAACAGUGGGCGAGGGCAAAGCUGUGGAAGUCGUGCCCACCUUCGAACCAUCAGAUGAUGUUAUCGUAGAAUGGAGGGCUGUCACAGUGGGAUUUCUUGACGAGCUUCUGACUGCUGUGAACAAAGGCCUCGGUCUCGUCGGACACGAUCAAUUGACAUUGGCUCAAAUGCUUGAAGCUGGAACGUGGAAGGGUGGGCGUGAGAUUGCGCAAGUGUCGAGACCUAUCACCAAAGGUCCCCCGAUUGGUAUCAUUUCGGACGGAACUGUUUUCUAA